AUGGCCUCUAGUAGAAUUCCAUUGUAUCGUGUUAAAGGUACACAUUACGAAUGUGCACAUACUAUCGGUGAAUUAACACGUGAAUCGAUUCGUCAUCGUAUUGCUGAUGAUCUUCCCUAUUUAACACCCUUAUUUGCUUUCGUUCAAACUGAAUAUGGUCAAAAACUACAUCGAGAUUUUCUUGAAACAACACGUUCAUUAUAUCCAUGGUAUUGGGAUGAACUUCGUGGUUUAGCUGAUGGUUCAGCAAUUCCUUUCGAACAAUUACUUGUUUUAAAUUUUCUAAAUGAAACUCGAACAGCUUAUCGUUUAUUAGAAGAAAAAAAACAAUUAGAAAAUGAAACGGGUGAAAAAGGUUGUACAACUGUAUUAAUUAAUCGAAAAGAUACAAAUACAUUAUCUUUAUUACAUAAUGAAGAUCAUUCAACCGCAUUAUAUAUGACAGGAUAUCUCGUUGAAGCUGAUAUACAAUCAAGUAAAUAUGAGGAUGGUAAGCGUGAAAGUCCGAAAGAAAAAUUUAUUGCUUAUUGUUAUGCUGGUGGUAUUCCAGGAAAUGCUUUUGGUGUAAAUAAACAUGGUUUUGCAUGUACAUUGAAUGGUCUAUAUCCCAAUUUUGUUGCACAUGGUCGUUUACCCCGACAGAUAAUUAAUCGAGCAUUACUUUCAGUAAAAAAUGAAGAAGAAUUAGAUAAAUUAAUUCAUGCGUCACCAGCAGCAUACGGCUUUUGUAUAAAUGGAGGUUUUAUUCAUCAAUGCAAUUAUUUACUUAAUUAUGAAAUAGGACCAAAUUUAAAUAUUGAUAAUGAAAAUUAUAUUAGUAAAUGCCGUAUAAUUAAUAAUGAAGAUAAUCUUGAAAAGAAGGAUGAUGAUGAUGAAUAUUCUACAGCUUUCAAUUAUCUUAUUCAUUAUAAUCAUUAUGAACGUUUAGAUAAGGUUAUUAAUCAACAAAAAGCACUUCAAUCAUCACAUAGCCGUUGGAAACGUGGUCAAGAACUCGGUGAAAUAUUUAAUAGCAAGGAUGCGAUAUGUUUACUUGGCGAUUAUGAAAACGAAGCAUUUCCUAUAUUUCGUUCUUCAAAUCAAUCCGAUGUGAAAUCCAGAACAUUAUGUACAAUACAUAUUAAUUUUUUAACUAAAGAACUUAUUCUUUAUCAACAUAAUCCAAAAGAAAAUAAUGAACCAUCAUUAACUUAUAAUUUAGCAGAUUUAUUUGUUUAG